UCCACUGAACUCGUCGAAAACAUAAGGGAUUGCGAAAAUUACGCUAUAAAGACACACGAAAUGACAUCCCCAGUCCAGUCCACUUGGAUUGAUAAGGGCGAGAGAGAAGAUUACAACCCUCCUCAAGAAAGAAAGCGGCCACCACCAUCGAAUGCCGACGAAAAUCGUCCAGAGAAGCUGGCCAAAUCCUUCGAAGAACCAGAUCUACCCAGCGUCUCUGCGCAAAGGCCUGUCGUGAGCGAAGAAUACUUGCAUUCUCUGUCUAUGUAUCAAGAUGAGCAGGAGACGGAUAAGAUGGACGACCUGGCUGGUUUUGAAGCUCAGAUACCGUCCAUGCCGGAAACCCAGACCCAGACGAUUUCCACCUUCUUCGCACAUCCUAUAGUAUUUGAUCACGAUCCCAAAGAUGGAUCAAAACCCUGCCACUGGUGUUAUAACUUCGCCUAUGGCAUCGUUGGGCUCGGAGAUACAACGGUCGAGGCCCUCAAUUUUGGUAAUGGAAAGUACUACGAGCUUUCUGGUGGUCACGCUGGUAAUGAUCAGGAGGGGACUCGGAUGUGCACUUCAUGCGCGAAAGCUAGGAUUCGCAUUAUGAGAUGCCCAGGGCACACUAUUGCUUCCAUGGGAGAUAUCGAUUCGUUUGACUUUGAGGCUGCAUACGAGAGUUUAGUCGCAGUCUCGGGACAGACGAACCAGGCGAAGAACCCGUGGUGCAGCAUUUGUCCCACCCCAGCAUUUUUCAAGUGCGAGACUUCAAAUGGAUGCGGGCUUCUACUCUGCGAGGGGUGCAAGAUAUUAAUGCAAGGGUUUAAAGGGGAUAUCGCUCAAGUGGUAGGAACGAACAAGGUUUUCGACCCAGAGAAUGGAAACAGAGCUGAUGUCGUCUUUCUUCUGCCGGACAAUGAGCUUUAUCGAUUCUAUGACCUCCAGAAGUUGCCAGAUAUGAGUUGAAGCCGGUGAUGGGGUAAUUUUUUCCUACUUCAGAAGGGUGCUGGUUGGUUAGCAUUUGGACUCUGCUUGGGAUGCAAAAGUGAAUCUUUUUUUUUUGGGGGGGGUUACUGUUCUUCUGUGAUUUCGAGACGAGACCCGGGGUUUAUGUAUUUAGUAGGGUAGGUACUUAAAAAAAAGGAGAUGAAGCUAUAGCUACAAGAGAAGCAACAUGGAAGAAUUUUCCAGUUUUCCAGAUCUGUUCUGUUGCACAACCUCAGGCUCCCCAUCCGCACUCCCAAACAAGCAAGCAAGCAAUAAUAUAACUUCACUAUCCACAGAAAUCUGCAAGUGUCAGAUCAACCCUACUUCCACCCUCAACCAGACAAUAUUUGAAUCUAUCAAAGAAAAACGAACCCUAGUCCUUUCUUGAUCAUAAUUUUUUUUUCUUCUUCCCCACCAAAUCCAAUCACU